GCAUACCCUCGAGCCAAGUCUUUAGAAUAUUUGGUUUAUAUGAUUGGAAGCGACAAGUGAACAGGGCUUGAGCCCAAGAUAAGUGAAGGCGUAGCUGGGCUGCCUGGAAGGAACCACUAACCAUCAUCGCGUUGGCAUCUCGUCCCAAGAUCCAGUCAAGGUCGUCUCCCUGCUGUCAUCCUCUCCGACCAGCGCAAGCUCCGUUCCUGGAAGAACUAGAAAGGGUUUCUUUUUGCUGAGCUGAGCAAGCACCUGGGCGGCGGCCCCGGCAGCAAGUAUCCAGCAGAAAUGGCAGAAGCAAUAAUCCUUGCUCUGAGAAAGAUUGGUAGCGCUUUAGCAGAUGAAACUGCCAAGAAAAUGCUGGCCAAAUUGUCUGAAAAGGUUAACAAUCUGAGGGAUCUGAAUGACAAGAUCGAGUCAAUAAGAAUGCAACUGACAGCCAUGAACAAUGUUAUACGUAAGAUUGGCACAGUAUACCUCACUGAUGAAGUCGUCAGGGGAUGGAUUGGGGAAGUGCGCAAGGUGGCCUACCAUGUUGAGGAUGUAAUGGACAUGUACUCCUAUCACACACUUCAAAUGGAGGAAGAAUGGUUCCUGAAGAAGUACUUCAUUAAAGCGUCACAUUAUGUCUUGGUUUUUAGUCAAAUAGCAGAAGAAGUUAUCAAGGUUGAGAAGGAGAUCAAGAAAGUUGUAGAACUCAAAAAUCUGUGGUUCGAGCCUUCGCACCUUGUUGCUGAUCAGCUAAUUGAGAUGGAAAGACAGCGUUCGCACGAUAACUACCCACUACUUUUUAAAGAUGAAGAUCUUGUGGGGAUUGAAGAUAACAGGAGAAGGCUCACCGAAUGGCUAUAUUCUGAUGAGCUUGACAGCACAGUGAUAACAGUAUCAGGCAUGGGUGGACUUGGAAAAACUACCCUUGUAACAAAUGUUUACGAGCGUGAAAAAACCAAUUUUUCUGCUACAGCAUGGAUGGUCGUGUCCCAGACCUACACUAUAGAAGCUCUGCUUAGGAAGUUACUCAUGAAGGUUGGUCGUGAAGAGCAGGUGUCACCUAACAUUGACAAAUUGGAUGUCCAUGAUUUGAAAGAAAACAUAAAGCAAAAGCUCGAUAAUCGCAAAUGUUUGAUUGUAUUGGACGAUGUAUGGGACCAGGAAGUGUACCUUCAAAUGUCUGAUGCAUUCCAAAAUCUUCAAUCUAGUAGCAUCAUCAUCACAACACGGAAGAAUCAUGUGGCUGCUCUUGCUCAGCCAACUCGUCGCCUUGUUGUCCAUCCUCUGAGAAACACUCAGGCAUUUGAUCUCUUCUGCAGAAGGAUUUUUUAUAACAAGGAAGACCAUGCGUGCCCCAGUGACCUUGUGGAGGUUGCUACUAACAUAGUAGACAGGUGCCAGGGAUUGCCACUAGCAAUUGUAUCAAUAGCUUGCUUAUUGUCUUCGAGGACGCAAACAUAUUACAUCUGGAAACAAGUUUACAAUCAGCUUCGGAGUGAGCUAUCAAAAAAUGAUCAUAUCCGGGCAGUUUUGAAUCUGAGCUACCAUGAUCUACCAGGAGACCUAAGAAAUUGCUUCUUGUACUGCAGCCUCUUCCCUGAAGAUUACCCUAUACCACAUGAGAGCCUCGUCAGGCUUUGGGUUGCAGAAGGCUUUGCAUUGAGCAAAGAAAACAACACAGCAGAGGAGGUGGCUGAGGGAAACCUCAUGGAACUUAUCCACCGCAAUAUGCUUGUAGUAGUGGAAAAUGAUGAGCAGGGGAGGGUGAGUACAUGUACAAUGCAUGAUGUUGUGCGAGAUCUUGCCCUUGUUGUUGCAAAAGAGGAGAGGUUUGGCACUGCAAACAACUAUAGAGCAAUGAUACAGGUGGACAAGGAUAAAGAUGUUCGACGCCUAUCAUCUUAUGGAUGGAAAGACAGUACAUCUCUAGAUGUUAGACUUCCACGUCUUCGAACUCUAGUAUCACUUGGAACAAUUUCAUCCUCCCCAAACAUGCUAUUGUCAAUUUUGUCUGAAUCCAGCUACCUUACUGUUCUCGAGCUACAAGAUUCUGAAAUUACCGAAGUGCCAGGGUCUAUAGGGAAUCUGUUUAACCUGCGUUACAUUGGCUUGCGCCGUACAAAGGUCAGAUCACUACCUGAUUCUAUCGAGAAGCUCCUGAACCUCCAGACUCUGGAUAUCAAGCAAACAAAAAUAGAGAAACUUCCACGAGGAAUCUCUAAGGUUAAGAAGCUACGGCACCUUCUAGCUGACAGAUAUGCUGAUGAGAAGCAGUCACAGUUUCGGUACUUCGUUGGGAUGCAAGCGCCUAAAGAUCUGUCGAGCUUGGUAGAACUUCAGACUCUUGAGACUGUGGAAGCCAGCAAGGACUUGGCUGAACAGCUGAAGAAACUGAUGCAGCUAAGGACUCUGUGGAUUGACAAUAUUACUAAUGCUGAUUGUGCAAAUAUUUUUGCCAGCCUAUCAAGUAUGCCACUCCUUUCCAACUUGCUUCUUUCUGCAAAGGAUGAAAAUGAGCCACUUCGCAUUGAGGCUCUCAAGCCUGGGUCCACAGGACUCCACAGGUUGAUUAUCAGAGGGCAAUGGGCGCAGCGAACAUUGCAGUGCCCAAUAUUUCAAGGCCAUGGGAGACACCUCAAGUAUUUAGCUCUAAGCUGGUGCCACCUUUCAGAAGAUCCACUGGAGAUGCUCGCUCCACAUUUGCCAAACCUCACAAAUCUGAGACUCAACAACAUGCGUAGUGCAAGUAUAUUGGUUCUUCCUCCAGGAUCAUUUCACAACCUGAAGUUGCUUGUCCUGAUGCACAUGCCUAAUGUCAAGCAGCUGGUGAUUGGAGAAGGUGCGCUCCAAUGCAUCGAAGGUCUGUACAUUGUGUCACUGGUGGAGCUGGAUAAGGUCCCUCAAGGCAUUGAAUCGCUUCGCUCCCUGAAGAAGCUCUCUCUUGUCAAGCUGCACAGGGACUUCCUGACUGAGUGGAACAACAGCGGAAUGCAUCAGAAGAUGCAACAUGUCCAAGAGAUUCGUGUUUAGACGUGGCAGAUGGGUACCUUCUGCAGCACUAUUCACACCGUCGACAACUCCACAUUUCAAUUUCAUCUAUACUUUUUCUUUUUCUUUUUUUUCAUCUAUACUUGUGGUGACUAGUGCAAUCUAAUCAUUUCCCAACCUGAAGUUGCUUGUCCUGAUGCACAUGCCUAAUGUCAAGCACAAGCAGCUGGUGAUUGGAGAAGGUGCGCUCCAAUGCAUCGAAGUCUGUACAUUGUGUCACUGGUGGAGCUGGAUAAGGUCCCUCAAGGCAUUGAAUCGCUUCGCUCCCUGAAGAAGCUCUCUCUUGUCAAGCUGCACAGGGACUUCCUGACUGAGUGGAACAACAACGGAAUGCAUCAUAAGAUGCAACAUGUCCAAGAGAUUCGUGUUUAGACGUGGCAGAUGGUUCCUUCUGCAGUACUAUUCAAUUUCAACCCUCCCCAAUAAGUACUGUCAUUCACACCGUCGACAGCUCCACAUUUCAAUUUCAUCUAUACUUUUUUUUUCUUUUUUUCAUCUAUACUUGUGGUGACUAGUGCAAUCUAAUCGUGGUUGUCUUGGGGUAGCUGGCCUCAGUUUGUGCUGCCUUUUCAGUUUCCCUCUCUUCUUGAUUUUAUUGUAAGAACAAGUUCCAUUUUAAUUCAACUUCUAUAUUUUGUUAAUAA